AUGGAAAAGGUGCUCGAGGAAAAAGGUGUUGCCGCGGGUAAUAUUACUCGGGAACUUUUACGCCAAGAAAUUAAAGCGCUCUUGCUGGAGGUGGGGCUUCGUCGCACUAGGUCUACAGAACCAACACCAGCCUCUUCUGGUCCAACGCACACCUACUACUCAUGGGGUGGUAAGUUUCAUAGGCUGCCGAAAGAAUUUGAAUUUCCCAGUAUCGAUCCACUUGGCGCGUGGAUAUUUUGGUGGUUUGGCGAUGCGAGACGUGGCUAUCCUCCGUACAAAGCUAUUUCCUCGGACGAUCUCGACACGCCAAAGAAGAAAGCGACUUUGGCGGAGUGGUCUAUCAUGAUGAGGCACAUAAGUAACGCAGUUGAAGCACAAACAGGCAUGUCACUACCUCCAAUUCGCGACGAACCUCACGCCAUCGAGCUGUUCAACAUUGGCUAUCACAAACUUCAAUUAAAGCCGAGUAAGCGUAAGCGCAGAACCAAUCAGCUCAAGCUUACCCGGUGCUGA